CAGUCUGUGCUCUGCCUCUGUCUGGAAGUUCAGUGUGAAAUUUGAACGAGUGACGUUUGGAUGUUCUCGUGGCGAACGGCGUUGGUUCCGGAAGGUGGUUGUCUGGAGUUUUAAUAUUUGUCGCAUGGACUAAAACCUCUCGCAGACAUGUCGGAUAGAUUUCAUAGAGCAGCGAAGGAUGGAUACGUGGACGUACUAAAGGAAGCCACUCGCCGAGAUUGCAACGCCCCUGACGAGGAUGGCCUCACGCCCACGUCCUGGGCGGCAUACGAGGGCAACCUGGACGCUCUCAGACUCCUGGUGGGCAGAGGAGGUGAUCCAGACAAAUGUGACCAUUAUGGCAAUACAGCUCUGCACUGCGCUGCUGCCAGGGGUCACAUGACCUGUGUGUCAUUCCUUGUCAAUUUUGGCGUCAACAUUUGGGCACUGGACAAUGAAUACCACACAGCAAAGGAAUUGGCGGCAAUGAACAAUCGGGACGAGAUCCUCCGUUUCCUGGAUAAUGUAUCUUCCAAGCAAGAACUAUCUGAUGCAAAGCAAGUCAAGAAGUUACAAGAGAAGGCCCAAAAGGAUGCAGAAAAAAGGAGGAAAGAAUUCGACAAACUCCAGAAGAAAGCUGACAAAAAGAGAGAGCAGGAAAAUGAAAAGCUGCAGAAGGAGAGGGAAAAGAUUGAAAAACUGGAUGAAAAACCUCAAGCUGGUCGCCGAAAGAGUAUCAUUGAUACCAUAUCUCGAGGAUCCCUGGCAUUUAUCAAUACACAAAGGAAGGAUUCACGUGUCAUUUAUAAUAAUAAAGUCAACAGCACACCCAAGUUUUCAGAACUCACAAACAGCAACAAGACCAACAGGAAGCCUACCAAGAGCAUUGGAGGAAUUCAGAAGAAAAUUGAAAGGAAAAAGAUACAAGACGAAACAGCUGCAGGUGACUUCAAGGUUCGAGAAAUAGAGGCAGAUGGGAAAAGAUCAGUCCGUAACCUUUCGGGGUUAAGAAGAGACUCCGAGAUUAUUUUUGUCCCGAGUGGAAGCACCAGUAGCACAAACAGUGGUAAACGAGGCAAGAUCAGUGAUGUUUUUGAGAAGGACGAUGGAGAUGGUGGCCAUCCAUUAUAUAGAUCUUCCAGCCAACCAGAUUUUUCCUUUGACAGUACAGAGCCAAACAUGCUCCAUCGUGGAUCAUUAUUUGCAAGACCAGGAUUUGGAUCUGUAGCAUUCAGAAAUUCAAUAACAGCAACUCUUAGCAGUAUAGCAACAAGUGGAAGUGAGGGUGACUCUGCACGGGCAUCAUCCAACGGAGAUGGUUCUGCCAGCUCUUUAAGUCACAGAAAUGGUCCUGAACCUUGGGAAGAGGAGGAUUUGCCCUCUGAUGAUGAGAGUGAAGCCACUCCUGUUUACCUGUUCUUAGCAGCUGCAGGUCUUGCUGACUUUAUUCCUACAUUUGCCAAGGAACACAUAGACCUGGAUGCUCUCAUGCUCUUAACUGAGGAGGAUCUUAUUAGCAUGAAAAUACCUCUCGGACCUCGACGAAAGCUCUUGAAAGCAAUAGCAGAUAGACUUUCAACUCUGGAUGAUCCAGGAGAAGUUAAUGAUAGUGCCCUAUAAAAUGAAAAUCUUACAGUACAUUAGCAAUUACAUUUUUGGAGUUUGUGUUAUUACGUACUGUAGUUUCUUGAUUAUUGUAUGUUGUCAAAUCACUUCUUCAAUUAUUCAUGAACAGGAUAAAUUCAUUUCUAACUGCAGUAUUAUGUUUAAUUACUCUCACACAUUCUACAAUAUAAAUCACAAACAACUAGUUUGUAGUUAUAUAUACUGUAAUUCUUGUAUUACCUCUAUGACCAAAUCAAUAUAGAGUUGCAUGCUCCUUGUUAAAUUGAGAUUUUAAUUGUCAGGUCUUGUAUUUACUGUACUCACAACAUUUACUGUAUAUAUUGUAUAUUGAUGGCAUUUUAUGUUUAGUAACUGGGUAGACAUGUAACAGAAUUUACCUGUAGUACUUAUUUUUAAUAUUAACGGAAUGCUGAUCCAUGGAGGAUCAUUAAGUUUUCCUAUAUUAUUCUGACAUGAGGUAAGCUCUGUCAGACUGUUGCCAUAUCAGUUUAGUCAUGAAAGAAAUUUAUUUUAGUGUUGUAACUAAUCUUUGUCAAUUAUCAUGCUUUUUUGCACACACCAAAGUAUUUUUUUAUGCUGAAAUGUCUUCAGAUAAACAUUCCUAAUACAUUUAACUUGAGUGAUUUUUUUUUACUGUAAGUCAUCAAAAUUAAUUUGCAGCAUAUUCAUACAAGGAGCAAAGGCAAAUAUUACUCUUGUAUCACCUGCAUUAUGACCAUCUCGUCUGCUUCCUUGAGUGAAAAAGCUUACUGUAAACCUCAAAUUCUUUAUAUUCUAUCUCUAACCACUAAAUUAUCAUUUCAUUGUUAUAGAUAAAAAACCUUGAGUUAUUGUUUCAGGUUCAACUGGUAUAAAGCAUCUGUGCUUUCUAUGGUAAACAUUGAGUAUAAUUAGUUCCUUGUAUUUACUACUAAUUUUAGUUGAAGUAACUUAUAUUAUUUCCUAAAUUAUUACAUAACUGUUAGUAUAUUUGAGGGACCAGUUCACAGCAUCCUGCUUGUACACUUCAAUUUAAUCAGUGUUCAUUGUCUUCUUGAGAAUCAGUGAUCUUAAUAAAAACAUGAGUACAUCUACCAAAGACAAGUCUAA